UUUCUAUCACAGUUCAUUCACUUAUGAUUCAUUUCCUAGAAUCCUAAACGUUCAAAACACUGGCCAAAACCAGAGCCUCCUCACGCGUGGACGCCUGAUUAGAUAAGCGAUCUCCGAGUCUCCGGACCAAAUCCUUGCGACCAAACCAUCCGAACACCAGCUUUUUCUCGCCAGACGGGGGUGACCAAUUUGAUUUGAAUCUACCUGUCCAUUUAAUAUCUUUAACCGUCAGAAUGCGUCGCUCCGUGUUGCGGGCUGUGGAGUCCGCAAAGCCACUUGCCCGCGUGCCUCGCUCAGUGUCGAGAGGCUUUGCUACUGAGGCCGGUUCCAAGGAUCCUGCCGAGCUAGAGCAAAUCACCACACUGCCAAAUGGUAUCCGCGUCGCCACCGAAUCCUUGCCGGGACCCUUCUCCGGCGUCGGCGUUUACAUCGAUGCUGGAUCUCGAUAUGAGGAUGAGAAUUUGCGCGGUGUGAGUCACAUCAUGGAUCGACUGGCUUUCAAAUCGACAAAGACGCGCUCCAGCGAUGAGAUGCUCGAGACUCUCGAGAACCUGGGCGGCAACAUUCAGUGCGCUUCUUCCCGCGAGUCGUUGAUGUACCAGUCCGCCAGCUUUAACUCCGCUGUCCCUACCACCCUCGGCCUGUUGGCGGAAACGAUCCGCGACCCGCUCAUCACAGAGGAGGAAGUGAUUCAACAGUUGGCCACGGCCGAGUAUGAGAUCGGAGAGAUCUGGGCCAAACCGGAGCUCAUCUUGCCGGAGCUGGUCCACAUGGCGGCUUACAAGGACAACACCUUGGGCAACCCUCUACUCUGUCCGGAAGAGAGGCUGGGAGCGAUCAACAAGGCCGUUGUGGAAAAGUAUCGCCAGACUUUCUUCAACCCCGAGCGCAUGGUCGUUGCGUUUGCCGGAGUGCCUCACCAGACGGCCGUGAGCCUCACGGAGAAGCUUUUCGGUGACAUGAAGGGACACCAAGGCCCUAGUUUGUCCGGCAGUGGCGUCGACACCACUCUGUCGGAGGGCCAGGAGCCCACUGUUCCUCAGUUCACUCCUACAUCCACUAUCUCGACCCCUGCCGCCUCCCAGAAGUCGCAGCCCGGUCUUCUCUCUAAACUACCCUUCCUGAAGAACCUUUCCUCAUCCGGCUCCAACAACGCCGCGGCGGCAUCACAACCUUCGCUGACCGGGCAGGCGACCCUGGACUUGGCACGUCCUUCACAUUACACCGGUGGAUUCCUUUCGCUUCCGCCAAUCCCCCCGCCCGCCAACCCCAUGCUUCCCCGGUUGAGCCAUAUCCACCUUGCCUUCGAAGCUCUGCCUAUCUCCAACCCUGAUAUCUAUGCUCUCGCAACUCUCCAGACGCUCCUUGGAGGAGGUGGAUCGUUCUCCGCCGGCGGUCCCGGUAAGGGAAUGUAUUCCCGUCUCUACACCAACGUGCUCAACCAGCACGGGUGGGUGGAGAGCUGCAUUGCGUUCAACCACAGUUAUACCGACAGCGGUGUCUUCGGAAUCUCUGCAUCCUGCAGCCCGACUCGGACGACGGAGAUGCUCGAGGUUAUGUGCCGUGAACUCCAGUCGCUGACCAUCGACUCCGGAUUUGCGGCCUUGCAGCCUCAGGAGGUCAACCGGGCCAAGAACCAACUGCGCUCUUCGCUUCUUAUGAACCUGGAGUCGCGUAUGGUGGAGCUCGAAGAUCUCGGACGUCAGGUCCAGGUCCACGGCCGCAAGGUCGGUGUGAAGGAGAUGUGCGAACAAAUUGAAGCCUUGACUGUGGAGGAUCUGCGCCGGGUUGCGCGUCAAGUCUUCGGAGGCAAUGUCCAGAACAAGGGACAGGGUACCGGUAAGCCCACGGUCGUGCUGCAGGAGGGUGAGUUGGAGGGUUAUAAGCUUCGCUCAUUCCCUUGGGAGGAAAUCCAGGAACGCAUUGCGCGCUGGAAGUUGGGCCGGAGGUAAAGGCCAGAUAACUAGACACGAUUGUAUUUGUUGAAAUGUAUACUAUAGAACUGGGGAUGACUCGAGAAUCUAAUUUCUUCUCUUCAUGUAAUUAAGAGGAUUUCCAUGAAUUUCUACUCAUUU